ACAAGCUCGGCAUUGGGGGAAACCCCCAUGGCAUGCCCAGCUAGCUGCGGCAUAUGUACACGUGGUCCUGGCAAAGCGCGGGAACUCAAAUCGUAAAAAAACCUGCAAGAUCAAUACAACACACGUCUGACUUCUGGGAGAGUGGUUUGGCUGUGGGAUCGUUUAUUUUCACAUCACGAACAGAGUAAAUCCUCCAGUGAAAAGCCUUACUGCAUAUUGCCAAACUUCCUGCUUUCACAUACUCUAUGGCGUCGAUUCAGAGGCUUGACCCAGCCGUCGUCAAUCGCAUCGCAGCCGGCGAGGUGGUACAACGGCCAUCCAGUGCUCUAAAAGAACUGAUAGAAAAUUGUCUGGAUGCAAAGUCAACAUCAAUUCAGGUCACUGUCAAGUCGGGCGGCCUGAAGCUGCUGCAAAUUCAAGAUAAUGGCCACGGAAUCCGCAAAGGUGACAUGGGUAUUGUCUGUGAGCGCUUCACCACCAGCAAACUCCAGAAGUUCGAGGACCUGAACAGUAUCCAGACGUAUGGCUUUCGUGGAGAGGCUCUUGCCAGUAUCAGCCAUGUGGCUCAUCUGUCCAUCGUGACACGAACUGCUGAUUCGAAAUGUGCCUUCAAAGCAUCUUAUUGUGAUGGCAAGCUAACACCUCCCAAGCCGGGUGCAUCUGCUGACCCCAAGCCAUGUGCUGGUAAUGUAGGCACACAGAUCACAGUGGAGGAUGUCUUCUACAACAUGCCAACGCGGCAGCGUGCGCUGAAGAGUGCUAGUGAGGAGUACUCGCGCAUACAGGACGUGAUGACACGGUAUGCAGUGCACAAUGCCGGCGUUAGCUUCACUCUCAAGAAGCAUGGGGAAGGCAUUGCAGAUAUCCGUACUGCUGCCUCUGCAACCCGACAGGACAACGUCCGCACGUUGUAUGGUGCGAAUAUUGCCAGGGAGCUUUUGGAGAUGAAGUGUGCUGAUGAUCGAUGUGGUAUGCGCAUGGCUGGCCUUGCAACCAAUGCCAAUUUCAGCACGAAGAAGCUCGUCUUCCUACUCUUCAUUAAUCAUCGUUUGGUGGACUGUGUUGGCAUACGGCGAAUGAUUGAGAAUGUAUAUUCGGCGUACUUGCCGAAAAAUUCCCAUCCGUUCGUGUAUAUGAGCUUGGAGAUUCUACCGUGUAAUGUUGAUGUGAAUGUGCACCCAACCAAGCACGAGGUACACUUUCUGCACGAGGAAGCUAUCUUUGAGCAGAUCCGCUCCACGCUGGAGGAGACACUUGUUGGUGCUAACACAUCGCGUACAAUGUUUGUUCAGAGCCGUCUGCCUUGCAAUCUUCCAUCCAUGACCGAGACAGAAAGCGGAGCAAACAGCGCAGCGAAAGUUCAGGCACGACAGAUGGUACGCACAGACAAUCGCGAGCAAACCCUGGAUGCGUUCUUGCGACCACAGAGCCAGCCUGCGACCACACCAGCCGCCAGCAGUGCCCAGUCCGUCGCUCAGACGAGAUUGCAGCCGGCGAUUGCAAACACGGCGAUGACGACUGUGGGUGAUGACAGCGCGACAAUACCUCUUACCGAUGAUCAGCACCCGCCUGUGUCUGAGGGAGCUAGCGCGGAGCUGGCUAUGGACUGCGGGGAUGACACCGCACUCGGGAAUGCAGCUGAUCGUCACACUGUGUCAACUCCGCAAGCCAACAGAGCCACAUCUGUUGCGGACACUUCCGGAGAGAGUUUGAAGCGCAGUCAUCCGCAAGCGCUGGGCACACCGAGUUCAUCCAGAACCCCUGGUGUUGAGCUGUCAUCGAAGAGAAUCAAACGUACAGGCCGACCUCGCCGUGACUUGGGCUUAACCAGCAUCAACACUCUAAUUGAGGAAGUGAAGAGCGUCUCACAUCCGGGAAUCACGGAGAUACUGCGCAAUCACAAGUUUGUGGGAUGUGCACAGCCAACGCAUAGCCUGUUCCAGUAUCAGACUAAGUUGUACAUGAUCAACACGUAUCGUCUCAGCCAAGAGCUAUUUUACCAGCUGUUCCUGCAUGACUUUGCCAACUUUGGUGCGCUAAUGUUGGAGGAGCCACUGAAUUUGAAGGAGUUAGCAUUACUGGCACUGCAAUCUGCUGAAAGUGGCUGGACUGCAGAGGAUGGGCCACAGGAAACCCUUGCUCAGAAUGUGAUGGAUUUCUUCAAGACGAAAGCUGAAAUGCUGGAUGACUACUUGUGCAUGCGCAUUGAUGAAAAUGGUUGCUUGAGGACUCUGCCGCUGCUGCUGGAGAACUUUGUGCCUAAUCUGGAUGGCCUGCCGAUGUUGGUGUUGCGACUUGCCACUGAGGUUGACUGGACGUCAGAGCAAGGUUGUUUUGACACGCUGGCCAAAGAGUUCAGUUACUUGUAUGCUUACAAACCUACAUUGCCAGCAACACCAUCAUCACAUGUGUCCCAACCGACAGCGGGAGCAGCUGCGGACGCUCAAGGGGAUGCCGCAACCGAUUCCAGCGCGGCAGCAGACAGGCAGAAGUCGGAGAUGUGUUUCUGGAACAACCGGAGCUAUCGGUGGAUAGUUGAACAUGUCCUGUUCCCCGCAUUUCGCUCUCGUUUACUCGCUCCUCGCCGAUUUGCCGAUGACACUACUCUGAUUCAACUCGCUGACUUGCCGGACCUGUAUCGUGUAUUCGAGCGCUGCUGAUCUUCCCAACUUCCAUGCAUGCAGUAAGGAAGAGCUGUGCUUACAAAUAUGUAUUGUGCCAUUCCACGGCGGGGUGAAAUGACCCUGACCUGCUGCAGAUUUCCCCGCGGGCCGGGUUAUGUUUCCCCUUAUCUACCAGAAUCAGUAGCAAUGUGUAUAGAUUGCUCGACUGACUUCUAGUACCUGUUUCCCCUCAUAGUCCCUAUAAGGACAUUCUAGAUCAUCAUUAUCAUUGUGCCCUGAAUCUACGUAUCUAUAUCUGUGCUACCCACACCCUGGCUUAUCGAAUCUUACUUUGCUGGUACUCCAUUUCGCAAGUUCGAAUCCUCUGAAACAAUCCGGAAUACCUUCCGAAAAUAUAGUCGCCUCCGCGAAAGACUGACUGUAUCUGGAUAGACGGCAACUGCUCGAGUUGCCCUGGUAUUCAAGUUGACAUAUGGACGAAUCCUAUUGUUGUUACCAGUAAUGUGCCACUGCUCCUCUUCUAUGACUUUGAUAUCUCUCUCUCUCUCUCUCUCUCUCUCUCUCUCUCUCUCUCUCUCUCUCUCUCUCUCUCUCUCUCUCUCUCUCUCUCUCUCUCUCUCUCUCGCUUUUUCAUCUCAUUACAAAAAUUCUGCGCAUUUUUUUCUCCAUCUGCGCUUAAAAUCUGGACUGACAACCUGCUUGUUAAAUCAUGCACCUGCUUUCAGGCGUAAAAACCCUGUUGUAGAGGUCUCAGUCCUCAUUUGUUAGACUUACCUGUCUUUGUAAAUGUAACUUACUCCCCCCCCCCCCUCCUCCCUCUCUCUAUUUAUCUACCUAUCUAUCUCUCUCUCUAUCUCUAUCUCUCUCUGUCAGAGGGCUACGUUGUUCUCUGUCAGGGACUAUAAGUAUGGGUGUUACUCUGUAACCUGGGCACUGGCAAGUGCUGCUCUGCAUUCUGGCCAGCAAAAAAGUACUUUCUAUUCUACAUGUACUGGCAGUUGCCCAUUUAAAUUCAGUAUUUACUGAAAAAAACACAGGACUUUCU